UUUUUUUUUUAUUUUCUCUUGUUUCAGAGAUUAUGAUUAACAAUGUAGUCGCAGUGGGCUUCCUAUUCCUGAGAUUAUUACUGUAGUACAAGAUGCCUCCGAAAGGAAAGAAAAGGAAAAUUAUCUGGAAUAACAAUGAUUGCAAGUCAGAAGCAUGUAAGAGACCAGAAUCUACGAGUACCUGGGUCCAGUGUGACGAAUGUGAAGCAUGGUUCCAUCUUGUCUGUGUUGGAUUAGCUACAGAGGAUCUACUAGAUCACAAGGAUUGGUAUUGUUGUGAAUGUACAGAGCUGAAGAAGGAGGAAUUCCUGGUGGUGAGGGAGAGGUUGGCAAGGAAGGUGGAGGAGCUGGCGGACACUCAGGAGGAGUUCGGGGGGCUCACCAUCUCCAGGGAGAUGUUUAAGGAGAAGAAGAAUGCUGGACAGUAUAAUUAUACCACAGACUUCCCUCCAACCCUACGAGAUUUAUGUUCGAGAAUCAAGACGAAAUAUUUGACAGUCGGGGAUUUCAAGUUCGAAUAUCAUCUUAUGUGUACGAAAAUGAAAACUGAGCUUUUGUCCGACUUCGAAUCGAGAAUUCAAUUUAUCGAGUUCGAACUUGACGAUAUUCUCGAGGAGAUUUGUAAAGAGUUUGAGCCGGAACCUGAGCCGGAACCCGAGCCCGAACCUGAACCUGAAGCUGAACAGCUGUAUGUACCUGAACCAUAUUUAAGUCCCAAAUUAAACAAAAGAACUAAAAACAUGAAUUCAAUGAUUAAAAUUGAAGAUUGUGAUAACGUGAUGAUAUUUGAACCCUCGUCCUAUCCUGUUAGCUCGGAGGAGGCUAGUUCUGAGUCUCCGAUGAACUGUGAGUAUUGUAAUAUGAGAUUCUCUGAUGUUGGAAUCUAUUCCUGUAAACGGAAUCACAGUGUGUGUGCGAAUUGUCGCCUGGUGAACAUGGGUCGGAUUUGUCCAGUUUGUUUCAAUGAGUUCGGAGACAGAAGGAGACUAGCUAUAGAUCAUGCUGCAAAUAUACGCUUUAGAUGUGCAAACGGUCCUGCCUCUGAGGUUAUAAAGUUUGCUCCUUCUAAACCUAAGAAGAUAAAGGUGAGCCCGAAAUCCAAAACGGGUCCCAUCCCUACCCCUUCUACUCCUCAGAUCCUGCAGGUUUGGUCGUGCAAGGACUCCAACCUGCAACCUGGAGAAUCAGUCAGUUUCGAAAAUAUAACCCGCUCAAUUAAAUCUGAGAGGGUUUCCUUAGACGGAGUUCAUUACACCGAGGAGCAUGAUGAACCUCCCAGUAUAGAUAUGUCCGCUAUUCUUACAGAUAAUCAACUUAGCAGUCAACUUCUUACUCUUAUGGAUGCAGAUGUGUGUAGUGAUGGUACUCCAACAAUAAAAGAGAUUAAACCUAACCUUCCAAAGCUAGCAGAGGGGAAUAGAACUAUUGUUAUCAAGAAUAAUAGAUUAGGCCUUAAUCAAACAAUAAUUGAAAAAAGAAGUGGAGGGAGAAUUCAAGAUCCAUCAAAUAUGAAUACUAAUAUGAUAGAGGAGCAACUAAACCUGCGUUUAGCGGAAAUCACUCGGUUGAAAAGGCUGCAGGAGGCUGGUCAGCAGGUUUGGCAGGAACUGAGACAAAGAGAAAGUGAAGUUCAACGUCUUAAAAGUUUUCAAAUCCAGGAUACCGAAGUGAUGGAUCCUGUUGAAGCCCUGAAUAUAAUUGAAGCUAAUUUAUCUCAUAAAUACAGUUCUACUCCAGACUUUAAUAACAUAGGGAUACAAAACCACUCUUGUCAUCCAACUUACUCAGUCAAAUCCGGCCCAGCUACACCAAACACAACCACAUCACUUAAACCUGGGAAUGGUUGGGCUCAGUUAAAGCAGGAGUACAGAGUUGAAACUUGUCCUGACGGGACGGAAGAAUCUAUCCUCCCUAACUGUUCCCCCGAGGAAGAGGAGAAUGACGAGGAAAACCUGCUGGCUCUGGCUGAAAGUAUAACUGAGGACGAGACUGGUGUUAAAUAUAUAAAGACUGAGUUGGAGCUCAGCGCUGUCAGCUUCGAGAGGAAGGAAAGAGAAGAGCGGGGUUGUAGAUGUGAGGAUUUUAUCUGGGAUAACCAGGAAUACAAGAUCUCAGGGUCCUUGGAGUUUAUUAUGCUUAAGAACUACCGAGGGAAUGGUCUAGAGUGGAGACCUUUCUUAACAUUGUAUCUACCUUUUGGUCCUCCAAUAUACGAGUUUGAGGUUGGUCGUGCCGGCCACUUGUUCUACUUCAGAGCUUUCUCAAAUAGAAACGAAGCUCAGAAUGACAGAUGGAGUCUGAGAUUGAGUACUAGUGAUCCUGGUUUUGCUGAGAUGAGCGUAGUUCUGAACGGUAUCUUCCGACAACCAGGACAAGAUCGUCCCUCCCUUCUCCCCUCAGUUCUGAACGUAUCCUCUACCGGUCUUUAUAGUAUAUCCAUAUCACAUUGAACAUAUUUGUUAUCUCGUAACCAUCGUAAACAUGAUCAUUAAAUUUUAGUCAAGUUUUCAUAUAAUUGUCCGGCUGGUGCUUCUAUGAAAACUUCCAUUGAAAGAUAAAUUUCGUUUGUAAGAAUGUUUUUUUUGAUAUUGUAGUUAAAUUUGUUACUCUUCGCUCAUGUUUAUAGAUUGUUGUCAAUAAAUAGACUCAUAUAUA